GUUCGGCUGUGCCACCCGUGCUCCCCCCCCGGACCGGCCGCGACCUGCGGCUCGCCUCCCCUUUCGGUAACGAGAGCUGUAUAAAUACGUAUAGGACUCUUGGCUUUUGGACGGUACAUGACAUUACGGGGAAGGGGUUGUUAAUUCAGUGUUGUGGAAAAGUGGAUUGCCACUUUUUUUUUUGCGUUAAUUAUACUACGGCUUAUGUGGCUGUAAAUCAGGCACGUUGUAUCCAUGUGGCACUCCAGGUACGUGUAGUGAAGGAUAUAUUCGGAGAAGAAGGAUCACGCUGUACUCUCGCAGCAGUAUGGAUCCGUGAAUAAUUCCGGCGAGAACGCUACGUUAGGCUGCACUGACGUUGUAGAGUGAGGAAUUCGGGCCAAACUUUUGAUUCAAAGACAUCAGCAGCUGAAUUCAAACAAACAGUGCUUUGGAGAAACAAUAUAAUUUAAUAAUUUAGUUCUUACUUAAAAGCAGUUGAGGCUGUUUUGUACCUUACCAAAAUGAGAAUUUUUAAUGGUGGCUUAUAUAUUUGAAAGGAUGGUCAGGUAUUUUCAGAGUCAGUGUUUUCUAUGGUGUUUAAGAAACUGCAUUACCACGUUUGAUAUUUAUUUCAUUAAAACCUUUUGUUCCUGAACCCUUGACCUUUGCCAUUGCAUAAUACUGCUUUCUGCUAUUUUUUUUAUUUUUUUUUAAUCAGAACUUAUCCUCCUGUCUGUGCAUAAAGUGCACAAAACUUAACUGUGGCUUGGUAGGUCCCAUGCUAUCCAUGUAUUACUAAUGAAAUGAAAGUUUUCCCAGCGCAUUAAAUGCUUACCCUCAGUGUUUUCCCCUGCCCCCUGUAUGGAAGUCAAACCACUCUUCUGUGACAGUAGGGACGAUGUGGAUUAAUUUUCGGAGUUAAAAAUAGCUAUUUACAGCUGCUUGAUCUAUGUCCAGGACAAUCAUGAGGUUCAGUUUCACAAAUGUUAAUGCCUCGUGCCUGAGCUUUUCACUAUAGAAAUUUGCAAGCUUAAACCAAACAAACUGCUUUUCUCUCUGGUUAAGUUUUAUGUGAAUCAUCUUACUGAAUCUACAUUGCAUAGGCUUGCUCAAAUCUCCUCUGGCUGGCAAGGGAAAGCUGCUCCGGUCUCACACAUUUUGCAAGGGAACUGUAGAUUCUGACAGUCUCUUAAACCAUUUGGAAAUGUUUGUAUUUAAAAGGGCUUAGAAAUUUGAGUCCUACAACCAAAAUGCAAGAGUUAUGGAGCAUUAAGCCUAGCUGGAGUUAGACAGAUAGUGUAAUUUUUUUUCACAGUUUUCACUUGGAAUGAACAAAAUGGAGACCUGUACUGAGAAACAGCUGGGCUUUGCUGGUAACUGCUUUCAGUGCAAAGCUUACCUCCUGAUUCUUGCUUUACAUGACUACAGAGACACUUUGUUAGUACCUGGCAUUUCCAAACUGGAAGAUACAAAGGGCAGUAAAACACUGCUGUAUUUCAGAGGAUGGUCUACCAAGCAGUAGAGCCAAAAGUUAUGUUUGUUUCACUGGGGAAACAAAGCUUAAAUGAGAGCAGUAUCCAUGUCUGUUUUCUCUUCCCUUUAAUAACAUAAGCCCUGGCCAGUUGCAGUUAAAUUUGAUGAAAAGGUGGAAGUUUCAAAGAUGUGAAGAUCCCGUACGUGAAGGCAGGUGCCAUGGUAAAAGAGAAUCUCAUAACUCCUAUGGUGAGGAGGAGGCUGUGUAUCCUCAGGUCGUGUUAGACCCAUGUGGGAUCAGAAGAACAAAAUCCCCAGAAGACUAGAUUUCAUAAGAGUGUAGAUGGGGCAGCAGACCACCCGAGAUGUAAUUUGCUUUAAACAAGGUGGAAGGGUGCAACGCCUGAGCUGUCCUUGUGCCUGUUGCUGCAAAAUGCUAUUUGCACUGAACCUAUGAAGGGACAUCUGUUUUAUGGCCCAAUUCUCAUAUUUACAUGUCUCUUUUUCUUCUAGGACACCACUUCUUCCUUACUAAGGCAUUUUGUCUUUUAGGUCGCUUGGUUGGUGCCCUGGACGCCGUAUUAGACUCUAACGCACGCGUCGCUCCAUUUCGAAUUUUACUGCAAGUUCCAGGCUCACAGGUUUACUCUGCCAUUGCAUGUGGUGAGUUAUUGAACGGAUCAGAAGUUUACUGGGCCAUAGCUAUUGGUGCCACUGCAGAGGAAAUAAACCAGCACUGGGAAUGGCUGGAACAAAACUUGCUCCAUACUUUGUCUGUGUUUGACAAUAAAGAAGAUAUUGUUAGUUUUGUCAAAGGGAAGGUGAAGGCACUGAUUGCAGAGGAAACAAGCAGCAAGCUCGCUGAGCAGGAGGAAGACCCUGAGAAGUUCCGAGAAGCCCUGGUGAAAUUUGAAUCCAGAUUUAGUUUUCCUGAAGCAGAGAAGUUGAUCACCUAUUAUUCCUGUUGCUGUUGGAAAGGAAAAGUUCCUCGGCAAGGCUGGCUUUAUUUGAGCAUCAAUCAUCUCUGUUUUUAUUCCUUCUUCCUGGGCAAAGAAUUGAAACUUAUCAUUCCUUGGGUUGAGGUCCAGAAACUGGAAAGAACCUCUAAUGUCUUCAUGACAGACACAGUCCGUGUCACUACUGCAAAUAAGGAGCGUGACUUCUCCACGUUCCUCAACAUCGCCGAGGCUUUCAGGAUCAUGGAGCAACUGGCAGAUGUGACGCUCCGAAGGCUACUGGAUAACGAGAUCUUUGAACUGGAUCCAGGUCUACAGGAUCCUACUCAGAUAACCAAGAGGGAUCUUGAAGCCAGAGCACAGAAUGAAUUCUUUCGGGCCUUCUUCAGAUUACCCAGGAAGGAGAAGCUGCAUGAAGUUGUAGACUGUUCUCUCUGGACGCCGUUUAGUCGCUGUCACACAGCGGGAAGGAUGUACACUUCCGACAGUUAUAUCUGUUUUGCUAGCAAAGAAAAUGGCUGCUGCACUGUUAUCAUCCCACUUAGAGAGGUAAUCAGUAUAGAGAAGAUGGAGGACACAAGCCUUCUCCCUAACCCCAUAAUUGUUAGCAUAAGGAGCAAGACAGCAUUUCAGUUCAUUGAGCUGAAGGACCGGGAUACUUUGGUGGAGAACCUGCUGCAGAGGCUAAAAGAAGUGAAUUCCAUCAACCCAGUGCACUGCAACAACUUGCAAAAUAACAAUCAGAACAGUCUUGCUUUUGGAUCCAUGUGUGUGCUGAGGGAUGGUGAGCCUGCACAUCUGGGAACAGAGGCUUCACAAAUGAAGGAGAGAAGUGAAUGUGAAAAGGAGAACAGUUACUUGCUCAAUGCAGAAGCACUAAGGUCAGACUUUCAUCAGUCAGGAAUAUCAGGCCUUGAUUUUGGAAAGUCUAGGGAGCAAAUCAAAGAAAGCCUGUGGGAUGAUCAUUUUGUAGAAUACGGCAGAACUGUGUGCAUGUUUCGCACAGAGAAGAUCAGAAAACUUGUUGCUAUGGGAAUUCCUGAAUCCUUAAGAGGCAAACUCUGGCUGCUUUUCUCAGAUGCCGAGACGGAUCUUGCCUCCCAUCCUGGGUACUACAUACAUUUGGUGGAGGCAUCCAUGGGCAAGUGCUGUAUGGCAACAGAGGAGAUCGAGCGUGACCUCCACCGCUCGCUGCCGGAGCACCCCGCCUUCCAGAGCGAGACGGGGAUCGCUGCCCUCAGAAGGGUGCUCACGGCAUACGCACACAGGAACCCCAAAAUAGGAUACUGUCAGUCUAUGAAUAUUUUGACCUCCGUGUUGCUGUUGUAUGCCAAAGAGGAGGAAGCCUUUUGGCUGCUGGUUGCUGUGUGUGAGCGAAUGCUGCCGGAUUACUUCAACCACCGAGUGAUAGGUGCUCAGGUAGACCAAUCGGUGUUUGAAGAGCUUAUAAAAGAGCAACUUCCGGAGCUGGCUGAACAUAUGAAGGAUCUGACAGCCUUAGCUUCCAUCUCUCUUUCCUGGUUCCUUACCCUUUUCCUUAGUAUCAUGCCCCUGGAAAGUGCUGUGAAUGUUGUAGACUGCUUCUUCUAUGAUGGCAUCAAAGCCAUUUUCCAGCUGGGCUUGGCCAUCCUGGAGGCCAAUGCUGUGGAUCUGUGUAACAGCAAGGACGAUGGGCAGGCCUUGAUGAUCCUGAGCAGGUUUUUAGAGCAUGUCAAAAAUGAGGAAAGCCCUCUACCACCUAUUGGUAAUCACCACGCAUUCUUUAGUGAUGACCAGGAAGCCUCUCCAGUGACUGAAAUAGCAAACCUGAUUCAUGACUCCUAUGAGAAAUUUGGAGACCACUCUGUGGCACAGAUAGAGCACAUGCGCUACAAACACCGAAUCCGUGUCCUGCAGAGCCACGAAGAUACAACCAAGCAAAAUGUGCUCAGAGUUGUCAUCCCAGAUGUUUCAAUUCUUCCUGAAGAUUUAGAGGAAUUGUAUGACUUGUUCAAGAGGGAACAUUUAAUAAGGUGUUACUGGGAAAUGACGAGCCCGGUGGCAGAGCGGCACGACCCCAGCCGGCCGUACGCUGAGCAGUACCGCAUCGAUGCCCAGCAGUUCACCAACCUGUACAGGCUGGUGUCGCCCUGGACCUGCGGGGAGCACACGGACGUCCUCGCCCAAAGGACCUUCCGGCUCCUGGAUGAGAACAUGGACCGGCUCAUCGAAUUCAAGGGGCUCGCCAGCUGCUUAGAUAUCAUGUAUAAUGGAGAAAUGAAUGAAAAGAUAAAGUUACUAUAUAAGCUGCAUAUCCCACCGGCUCUCACAGAAAAUGAGCGAGACAGCCAGUCACCAUUAAAGAAUCCUUUGCUGUCAACAUCAAGACCACUAGUGAUUGGAAAAUCAAAUGGUGAUGCAGUAGAUUACCAAAAGCAGUUGAAGCAGAUGCUGAAGGAUCUAGCCAGAGAAAAAGAUACUAAAACUGAAAAAGAACUGCCAAAAAUGAGCCAGAGAGAGUUUAUUCAGUUCUGCAAGACGUUGUACAGCAUGUUUCAUGAAGAUCCAGAGGAGAAUGAUUUGUAUCAAGCCAUUGCCACUGUGACCACACUGUUACUUCAGAUUGGAGAAGUAGGACAAAGAAGCAUCAGCCUGGGGAGUGGAUCAGAUGAGUUCACUGAGGACUUACAGCCCGAGGCCUCUGCUUCAGACCAGGAUGCUGUUUUUACUGACACUGUGAAGACCCCUCACAAAGACUCUCAACCUUCUCCUGUGACUGAAGGGGACUGGACUGUCUCUUUUGAACAUAUUUUAGCAUCCCUCCUGACUGAACAAUCAUUAGUUAACUUCUUUGAAAAACCCUUAGAACUGAAACCAAAACUUGAGAAUGCAAAGCUAAAUCAAUAUAGUCUCAAAACAAAUGGAGUGAGCUGCUCACCACGGAAUGAACAUACAAAACCAAACAUGCAGUAGCAGCAAACAUGUAAAAACUGAAAUGCACUGAAAUUAUGCCAAAGCACAUAUUGUAAAAGGCUUUCAGUUAGCAGUGGACUUCUGAUAAUUUGUUGGUCUGUGGUUUUCAGUUUAAGAGCUUUAAAAGCUAAAGGGUGCGUAGGUUUGUUUUGUGCCAUUGAUUUAUUAUGUUCUUGUUUUGAAUGUAAAAGGAAACAUCUGUCUACAGUGUGAAGACACUGAAGCCCUCUUCCGCGCUGGGAGACCAGAGGCUGGCUCCAGUUGUCCUUUUUUUUUUUUUUUUUAAACAGGGGAAAACACUUCUCAUCUGCUGUCUGCAGUUUGGGUUGCCUUUUUUUGCACUAAUACUGAAACCUGUUUCAAUGCUGGUAAUUGAAACUAUUUUAAUAUAUUUGAUUGUAUUCCAAUUUGUAUGUCUUGCUCAAAUGAUAAAUGUACAUGGACUGUGCUUCUGAUGUUUGUCUGUAAAAACAUGCACUUUUCAAUAAACCCUUUUUGUACAAGA